AUGGGACGAUUGGGAGAAGAGACUUACCAGCGCAACAUACGCCGCCAGGUGGAACCCCACCACAACGGCCAGAUAGUGGCCAUUGACGUAGACGCGCAGAAGUGGGCGCUCGGAGCGGACGAAGACGAAGCCGUUGCCGAGCUCCACAAAGUGCAUCCCCAGGCCUUCAACAUCCUGUGCCGAAGGGCCGGAUACCGGGCAGUCUACACCCUGGGAGGGGGCACUCUGAGGAGCGAAGAUUGA